UUACACAUUCAUGUAACUACAAUAGAAAGACAUAACAAAAGAAAAAAAGAGUAAGAUACAAGACAAAUAAAUAAAUAACAUUAGAACCGUAGUUCAGAGAACUAGGGAUUGUCAUUUAACAUGUGAUCUUCAAUGAAAAUUGACAGUUUUAUUGCAUUUAAAAUAUAAACAGAUCUCUUUAUGAAAUGUAUUGAAUAAUGAUUUGAUUUGUAAAAAUCUGCCUUUUAUAGAUGAAAAAUUUCCCAAAAAUUAAUAAAGUAUUAAAUGCCAAACUAAAUAAGUUAUCACCAGAAACGACUCCAAAUAAUACAAUGUGUAAUACAAUGUGUUUUGUAACCAAAUAGAAAUAAGAAAAUUUGAAGAGAACCACCAAAAGAAAUCCUCCCAAAACCUGUUAGUAUUUAUACAUUUAAUAAACAGAUGAUCAAGUGUUUCUAUGUUGAUGUCGCAGAAAGAACAGUUAUUUUCUUUAAAUGAGGUCUCUGAGGGUCCAACAGGAAACAGCAACAGAAACCCGCAUGUCACGUGAUUUCAGACCAUUGAUGAUAAAAGGUAACAUCGACUAAUUAUGUAUUUAGAGUGAUUCAGUGGUGAAACUGAAGAACAUCCAUUAAUAAAAUAAUGUGAAAUUGUUUCAAAUAUUAGUGUCUUCUGUUUGCUCAUCCUGACCAGCAGGGGGCAGCACGGAGCCCCGCCUGACGCUGUCCAGGGAAGAAGAGCCGUUUCCAUAGCGACCACAGCGGCUCAAACAUGGCGCCUGGGAGCCGACCAAUCGUAUCCUUCUGCUGUCAGAGGGGGCGGGGCCUGUCCACCAGCCGCAGUUGUCCUUGACCACGCCUCCUCAGCUGUCCUCCACGCCUCUGCAGGUUCACCACGGCUUCACCUGAGAAUGAAGCCGAAGGUGUCGUAGAACCUCCAGCCUGUCCUCUGUUCCUCUGCUGGACGUCAUGGAGGAGCGUCUGACGGUUGCUGCUGGUGUCGCUGCAGGGAUCCUGCUGCCGUACCCGUCUGACAAUCUGGUCCUGGAUGUGGUCCUGCUGCUCCUCUUCCUCGCUCUGGAGGCUCUGCGCAUCUUUUACGGCUGGAAGGGGAACCUGUGUGAGCGCUCCCUGACCUCCUGCCUGUCGCUCUUCAUCCUGGUCUCUUGUGCGGCGCUCGCCGUCUACUACCUGCUGCUGCAGACCUUCGUUCUGCGGCUGGAGUUCCUGCUCUGCGCCGUCCUGCUCUGCUUCUACGGCCUGGAGUUCCUGCUGGGAUUCAUCGCCUUAUCUUCCUUCUCCAGGUCCAAGGUGUACUGAGGACAGAAGAGCGGUUCUCUGGAGCCCAGAGGGACACCAGGACAGUUGUUAGCAUAUGUGCCGCUGACACAAGUUUCUGUGAUUCUUCAGGGAUUUUUGUAAAUAAACAUUUUUCUGCAG